GACGUGAUGAGAUAAUAUUAAUUGUUAUUCAUAUUUAAAUGGCAUAACUAUAUUAUUGUCGUGACAUGUAUGUAUUAUGGAGGGAGCCUAGUAAGUUGUGUUUAAAGAAAUAAAAUAUGAUUCAAUUAAAGACAGAAUAAAAACGGGGUUGUGAGAGAAAGAACUAUGGAAAUUAAUCUACAAUCCAGCUAAAGGAAAUUUUACUAAACGACAAUUUCGUGUCCACUAUACGGUUAUCAUGACACUUGGUCCAGUGACAGAUAACAAAAUCACUGUUCACGUACAAUAUGUACGCAAGAUUUUUAAAAAAUGGAUUUGUACAGAGCUAGUACUGGCGGGAAAAAUUAUGAAAUCAUGAAAUGUACCUGUCCGCCGCAACUACCGAUAAAAUGCGAAACAUACCUUUUAAUAUCCAUGUGUCUAUCUUGCUCUGCGUGUGUGCGAGGAUCUGUUGGUAACGGACUUUACAUUAAGACAUAUUAAAACAUUUUAUUUUUUUCAGGCUGUUGCUAAGAUGUGGGAUCAGACCAACCAAAACUUUAAUUCUUCGUACUUGUUCGUAAACGACGAUAAACGUGGAUGGGGAAAUACAACGUUUUUCUCCUACUUUUCUCAAUUUAAUAGGUCAUCGUCUGCUUAUGGUAUUACUGAGGCAGCCAUCUUAACUUUCCUGUUCAUCCUGUCUUUAUAUUUCAAUAUUGUUGUUUGUGCACAACUCAUCUGUAACCGACGCAUGUGCACUGUCACCAACAGUUUCAUCUGCAGCUUGACCAUAGCAGACAUGUUUCUGACAUUUGGCGCCCCUAUGAUUGCAGUUACCAGGAUAACGGGUUCGUGGAUUUUCGGGAGUUGGGCUUGCAGCAUGAUGGUCUACACUGAAUUCGUGUGUGGGUUUGUUGGUAUCUGGACGAUGACGUUGAUCGGCUUGGACCGAUACAUCUGUAUUGUAGGUCGACCAGUCACCAGACUCACACAGCGAUCAGCACUGUGUAUUCUGUUAGUCGUGUGGGUAUCAGCUCUCUUGUGUUUCCUUCCCAUGAUCCUCUACUUCGACGUCCAUGUUGUCACAUUCGGACAGUCUCAUGUGACAAUAUGUACCCUGAUAUGGCCACGCCAACCGAAAACCAAAGUCUCAUUAAUAUUCAUAAUAAUUCUGCUCCUCUGUGUAUUCAUCAUUCCUUUUGGAUUACUAACUUGGAGCUAUGUUAACAUAUUCCGAAGGUUUUGGAUGGUUCGACAGAGCAUUAUCAAGUCACGUGGAAAGGACAACAACCCACUUCGGAUAAGCUCUAUGAGUCACAAGAAGCGAAGAGACAAGAGGGAUUUCCGGAUUGCAAAGAAACUGUUUUGUUUACUGGUUUUCUUCUUCGUGAUGUGGGCUCCAAUCUUUGUGGUGGUGGUCUUCAUCGGAGCAGAUCAACACAUGAGGAUAUCAUCGCACGUGUUCGUGUCUUCGAUCGCCGUGUGUAUGGGCAAUGCUGUGGUGAAUCCUCUGUACUAUGGCGUGGUGGUAGAACGACUAAGACCACGCCUAAGCUCGUGCUCCAAGUGUUACAAGUUCCAAAGUGUUCAAAGUACCCCAGAUGCUGAACAACAGGUUGCAGAACAUGAACAUAUCCGGGUCAUUAGUGACGGCAUUGUUUCUGAAAACAAGGAAUGAAAGUUACUUUCCCUUUGGUAGACGAUAUUAACGUGUGUGUUAUCUGAGCUCUUUUUUAGACCAUAGCAUUUUUUUUUUAAAGAAUCAUAGAAUAUAUGUAUGACAGAUAGCUUAAGCAGACGCGAAAAACCCAGACAGAUUGGGGUCGAAACUUCUCCCUGCUCAAGUAAAAAAACUAAUUUCAAUACAUAUUCCGGGAGAGUAUGACUUUACCACCUAUAAACUUCACUCACCACAAUCUAGACACCCCCCCCCCCCCCCCACACACACACACAUACACACUCUAAAAUUCCUG